UCCAUGUUUCCGCCCUUUUAACAACAAAACCUGGGGUAGAAGAGUCACCCCAUCAACAUCUGAUACCCAGUACACUGGAUCCUAUAGUAUCUGCCUCCAUCUUCUCUCCUUUCCCCCUGUUUUCGUUCAUCCAUUGACCUCAUCCUCAUCAUGCUUGCCUCUUCCUCCCGAACCGCAUUGCGUCAAGCUGCUACCAAACAGUUCACCAUCAAGACGGGUGUCAGGGCUGUCUCCGCCUGGUCGCAAGUUCCCCAAGGUCCUCCAGAUGCCAUUCUAGGUAUCACUGAGGCUUUCAAGGCCGACACGAACCCUGAGAAGAUCAACUUGGGUGUUGGCGCAUACCGUGAUGACAAGGGCAAGCCGUUCGUCCUGCCAUCUGUGAAGCAGGCAGAGAAGCAGAUUGUCGAGUCAAACCUGGACAAAGAAUACGCCGGCAUCACGGGUGUGCCAGCUUUCACCAAGGCUGCCCUCCAGCUCGCCUACGGUCCCGACUCCGCGCCCAUCAAAGAGGACCGCGUUGUCAUCACUCAGACCAUCUCCGGUACUGGCGCCCUGCGCGUGGGUGGUGCUUUCCUCGAGCGCUUCUUCCCAAAUGCAAAGACCAUUUACAUCCCGAACCCCUCUUGGGCAAACCACGGUGCUGUCUUCAAGGAUUCUGGCCUCAAGGUCGAGAAGUACCGAUACUACAACAAGGACACGAUCGGUCUCGACUUUGAUGGCAUGGUCGCAGACAUCAAAGCCAUGCCCAAGGGCAGCAUCGUCCUACUCCACGCUUGCGCUCACAACCCCACCGGUGUUGACCCCACCGAGCAGCAGUGGAAGGACAUUGCCAAUGCUGUGAAGGAGGGCGACCACUUCCCCUUCUUUGAUAUGGCUUACCAGGGCUUUGCCAGUGGCAACACUGACAAAGAUGCCUUUGCUCUUCGUCACUUCAUCAAGGAGGGCCUCCGCCCCGUACUUGCCCAGUCUUUUGCGAAGAACAUGGGUCUCUAUGGCGAGCGUGUUGGUGCAUUCUCUGUUGUCUGCGAGUCUGCAGAGGAGAAGAAGCGCGUCGAUUCUCAAAUCAAGAUUCUUGUUCGACCGCUUUACUCCAACCCUCCGGUCCACGGCGCCCGUAUCGCGUCCCAGAUCUUGAACGAUCCCGCACUGAACAAGCAGUGGCUUGGUGAGGUCAAGGACAUGGCCGAUCGCAUCAUCACCAUGCGUGCCCUUCUGAAGGAAAACCUGGAGAAGCUUGGCAGCAAGCAUGACUGGAGUCACAUCACUUCGCAGAUUGGCAUGUUUGCAUACACUGGUCUGAAGCCCGAGCAGAUGGAUGCAUUGGCUAAGGAGCACUCCGUGUAUGCGACCAAGGAUGGCAGAAUCUCGGUCGCGGGUAUCACCAGUGGAAAUGUCAAGCGCCUUGCUGAGGCUAUUUACAAGGUCACUGGCUAG